AUGAAGUUCUUCAUCAUUGCCCUGGCUCUGGUUGUUCUGGUCGCCGCCGAGGAUGACAAGUACACGACCAAGUACGACAGUGUCGAUGUGGAUGAGAUUCUGAACUCGGACCGUCUCUUCACCAACUACUUCAAGUGCCUGAUGGAUGAGGGCAGCUGCACCCCGGACGUUAACGAACUGAAACGCUCUCUGCCCGAUGCUCUGGAAAAUGACUGCGCCAAGUGUAGCGCUAAGCAAAAGGAGCAGAGCACCAAAGUGAUUAAGAAUCUGACCGAGAAGCGCCCGGAACAGUGGAAGCUCCUGAAGGCCAAGUACGAUCCCAACAACAAGUACGUCGAGAAGUACGCCGAGGAUGCUGACAAGGACGGAAUCAAGCUGUAA